AUGCGGAACCUUCGCAACAUCUCGCACAGAACUUUGAAAUUCCUUUCCCCAGGCUCGGACUCAGACUCAUCAACCUCGCCUCUGACAGCCACAGCCUGGGAUGGUAGCAACAUAAUCUGCGCUUUCGGGCCUACGGAAUCAGACCCCUCAAUAGCGCUCAAACGCUUUGCCAACAGCGCUUUUGCGCCCGAAGAUGGCAUUCUCGUCGCCUCAUGGGACGCACCACCUCCAAAUCCAGAUUUACCAUUCGACAGAAUUCUAGCUCUCCACUGCCACCCCGACUCGGGCUCCAUAUCCUUGGUCCUCGAAGGUGGUGAUAUUAUCGUCGUAUCUGAAGAAGGCUCGAUUGAGAUAGUGGGCUCAGUGGAUGCUGGAAUUUCAGCAGCGAAAUGGUCGCCAGAUGAAGAACUCCUCAUCAUCGCUACGAAAGUUGAUACAUUACUUUUCAUGACGCGAGAGUUCGAGGGUACUGCUUCUAUUGAUUUGAGACCGGAGGACCUGCAAGUAAGCAGUCAUGUUGAUGUUGGGUGGGGCAAGAAGGCGACGCAGUUCCUGGGCCCUGGGGCUCGAGCGAAGGGUUUGAAGGAUCCGACUGUUCCGGACAAAGUUGAUGAGGGUACUCUUUCGGAAUUUGACGAUCUCAAGGGGAUGAAAGUGUCGAUCAGUUGGAGGGGUGACGGGGAGUUCGUGGCUGUCAAUAGCGUGCUUGAGGCACAGACCGGAGAAGGCGUGCGGAAGAGGAGAGUGAUCAGAGUCUAUUCGAGAGAGGGAGUGCUAGACUCUGUUUCUGAACCGGUCGAUGGGCUUGAAGGUGCUUUGGCGUGGAAGCCUAGUGGCCAACUCAUCGCAGGGAUUCAAAGAAGAGAGGACCAGGAAGGCAGAAUCGAGGUGGUCUUCUUCGAACGCAAUGGAUUGCGCCAUGGCGAAUUCCCUCUUCGCCUGACUCCGGAAGAAUGCAAGACUAUUGGCAGUGAGAUCGAUCUGGAUUGGAACUCUGAUUCAAGUGUUCUGGCCGUCAGCAUGAAAGAUCGUGUUCAGCUAUGGACAAUGGGCAACUAUCACUACUAUCUCAAGCAAGAGGUUUUGCGAAAUGGGCUUGGAAAGAAGAGUGUGGUGACCAACUGGCAUUCGGAGAAGCCCUUACAACUGGCGUGCCACUCCGAAGAAGGCAUGAGACUUUUGAGCUACUCCUUUGAAGUUUCACGGGGAAGUGUCAAGCCGCCUUUUGACCACGGAGUCGUGGCGGUCAUUGAUGGGAGAAAUCUCAAAAUCACGCCCCUUCGAACAGCAAAUGUUCCUCCACCUAUGGCGUUUGACGAGGUCGAGCUGCCGGACAACGCUAUCGACGUGGCUGUUGACACUACUGGAAUGAGAAUAGCGGUCUUGCACUCUGACAGAAUCUCGGUCUUGAGGUGCAACUAUGGGAUCAAGCCAGCCAAGAAGGCGGUAAUUCUGGAGACUCUGCAUCUGGACACGCCGCCUGGUACUGCCGGACGACAGCUGUGCUUCAACGACGACGACGGGAUCGUGAUUUUAAGCUCGACGCCAAAUGAUCAAGGCACAAGGAUUAGCACGAUAUCUGAUUUUGGCACUUCUGAUAUGCGUAUCGAAACAGAUGUGGCAUCUCUGUUUAGACCUACCAACCAUGAUCGUAUACUGUUCGAGGAUAGCAAAGGCGCAAUCCAUGAUCUCAAGACGAAGGAGUUGGUCGGAACACUGCCAACCGCUUGCCCACAAGUUGAGGUUUGGCAAGGCGAUGAUGGCAAUUUACUCUUCGGACUCACGCCUAGCGGUAUGCUUCACAUUCAAAGCGGCCGGCAGAAGUCAAAGAUCGGCAGCUGCACUUCUUUCUCGAUAACGCACACGCAUCUGGUAUACACAACGAGCAAUCACCUUCUGAAAUUUGUUCACCUGCACACAAACGGAGACCUGGAGAUUCCGCUUGAUGAGCCGGAGAAGGACGAAAGAUGCAGAAAUAUCGAACGGGGAGCUAAGCUUGUCACCAUCAUGCCAAGCGCGUACUCUCUAGUACUACAAAUGCCGAGAGGAAACUUGGAGACCACCUAUCCAAGAGCGUUAGUUCUUGCUGGCAUACGACACGAAAUUGGGGAUCGGCAGUACAAGAAAGCGUUUCUAAUCUGUCGAACACAAAGAGUGGAUAUGAACAUCUUGCACGAUUAUGCACCCCAACAGUUCCUGGGCGACGUCGAUCUGUUCGUCAAGCAGGUGAAGAAGGUGGAGUAUAUCGACCUGUUCUUAAGCUCACUCUCCGAAGAAGACGUGAGUCAGACGAUUUACAGAGAAACCCUCAAGGCGCAAGACUCUGCUUCUGGUGUGAAUGGGAUGGCUGAGCAUGCCAGCGCACACGCAACAUCCAAAGUCAACAAGAUCUGCGAUGCGUUCUUGAAAGUUCUGGGCAGCCAGGAGUCGACUUAUCUUCAAUCCAUCAUUACAGCGCACGUCUGCAAGAACCCUCCAGACAAUCCUGCUGGUCUCGCACUGGUCUCUUCGCUCCGUAAACAAGGCAAGCAAGAGCAGCUUGAACAGGCUGUGGAUCACAUAUGCUUCCUCGCCGACGCGAACAGGCUGUACGAUACGGCGCUCGGGACAUACGACCUCGAUGUCACCCUCCUUGUUGCACAACAGUCGCAGAAAGAUCCUCGAGAAUAUCUGCCAUAUCUACAAUCGCUACAGGAUCAGGAACCACUGCGCCAACGCUUUGCAAUUGAUAACGAUCUCAAGCGAUUCUCAAAAGCACUCGGACAUUUGCACGCUCUCGAGGCUUUUGAUGAGGUCAAGACGUAUGCUACAAAGCAUGACUUGUACAGCCAAGCCAUCGAGCUGUAUCGAUACGACAACGCCAAACUCACAGAAUUGAUGCGCAUUUAUGCCGACUAUCUCAUCUCUCGCAACAGAUACAAAGAAGCUGGCAUCGCAUACGAAUACAUCGGAGACUCCAUGUCCGCCUUCGAGGCGUACCGCAGCGUGGGAGCUCUCUGGCGCGAGUGUCUGUCCUGCACUGCCGAUAUGUCGGAAGAAAAAGUCUUCGCCACAGCGCGUGACCUCGCAGAAGGCUGCGAAGAGUCCAAGGAUUAUACCUCCGCUGCCACCAUCCAUCUGGAGUACCUCCAAGACCUCCCCGAGUGCAUUCGACUCCUCUGCAAAGCCUACACUUUUUCCGAAGCAAUCCGCCUCAUCGCCAAACACCACCAACCCUCCCUCCUCAAAUCCGUCCUGGACCCAGGCAUAAUCGAAGCCUCCGCAACCACGACCGAACUCCUCGCCGAAAUGUCCACCCAACUACACCAUCAAAUCCCUCGGCUCCGCGAACUCCGUCUCAAAAAACUCCAAGAUCCCCUAUCCUUUCUCGACGCCGGCGAAACCCACCCCGACAUUCCCGACGACAUUUCUCUCGCGCCCACCGACGCCAGCACCAGCGCCGGAACGUUCAUGACGCGCUAUACCAACAAGAGCAAUCUCCUCGGCAGCGUCGCGACGGACGCGACGAGAAAAACGAGCAAAAAUCGGAAAAAAGAAGAACGGAAACGGGCUCGAGGGAAAAAGGGGACGGUGUAUGAAGAAGAAUAUCUGGUGAAUUCUAUUGAACGCCUGAUUGAAAGAUUGAAUUUGUCGGGUGAAGAAGUUGGUAAAUUAGUUGAAGGUCUGAUGAGGAGAAGUAUGAGAGAACGUGCUCUUGCGGUGGAAAAGGGGUUUGUGGAGGUUGAGGAGAUGGCUCGGGCGUGUUUGGUGGAGGUUUUU